AUGGCAAGCUGGCAAAUUCUUUUCGACGGUUCUGUCUUUACCCGUGCUGUCUACUACUUGGCUCACUCAUUGUUCAACGAGGAGGGUCUCGCUGACUGCGAUGGUGAAGACAUCGCUAAUCUGUUGACUAUUGUUCACCCGCUUAUGAUUCACUACGUCCGUUCCCUCGAUGAUGGCUCUCAAGAAACUCCCGGCGACCUUCGCGUUCGUAAAUCGCUUUACAAUGCGUGGGCCGUCUUGAGUACCGAUCACGCCAAUCCGGAUUGGGAUGAGUGGAUGCUCGAGGCACCUCUCGAAGACGAAUAUUAUGCUGAGGAGGAUUGUCUUACUGGAGACUUCAUCAUUACUCCUUUGAGUAAUGAUGAACUUCUUCAAGUUCUCCCUGCGAUUUGUGACGCGCCCGUCAGGGCAAAUCCUUUCCUGGCGCCGUCUAUGCCUAUCGCUCGUCGUCACCCAUCGCCGAUUGCAGAACGCGCUCCUUCGCCUGUCCAUACUCCAUCGCCCAUUCGCGAGGAAUCUGUCCAGCCAAUUUCGCCAUCCUUCAUUUACGCCUUCGAAGUAAUAGUCAUUCGAAUCGACGUGAUCUUCAAGUCCUUCUUCGUCUAA